CUACAUUACAUACAGACCCGCCGCUGUCUGACCAGUCCUGAUAACGCGCCGGCACACCUUGUCACUUCUCAUACUGUAGAGAGUCGCCCCAGGGCGGUGAAGUCGCCUCCCUCUGUCACAUGAAUGAGAUUUUUGGGUUUGGCUUCUUUUUCUCGAUCUUCUUCAUAGUUGGACAUUUAUUGCUCUGAGCGAAGCGCUCUCUGAGUCCUGCACCGGUGUCCUCCGAGGAGAUCGCGUCCGACGCGCAGCAUGGCGACCAUUGGCCAAGUGAUCUUCCGAAUUAUGAUCGCCAUCAUCAUAUUGCUGCUGGCGGCCUUAGGUCUGAUCAUCGGCAUUGGAGUGGCGGGUAAAGAUUCGGCCACCGUGACGACUCACGGCUCCGUGGGGCUGAUCGGGGACGCCGGGAUUUUAAGCUGCAGCUUCCCUCCUGAUACCAAGCAGAGCACAGAUGUCCGGUGGGAGAAGACGGGCGUCAGCGGGCCGGUGUAUAAGUACGAGAAGGGCGCGGCGGCUCUGUCCGAUCAGAGCGCGGCCUUCAAGGGCCGCGCGGCCCUCUUCCCUGGCCAGCUGAUGGCGGGAAACGCUUCCCUGAAACUCACCAAACUGCAGCUCUCUGACGCGGGAGAAUACAAGUGCGUCAUCUCCAACUCCAACGGCAAGGGCGAGGGCAAGCUCACCCUGAAGGUGGGAGGAUACAGCGCUCUGGAAGUGACUGACGUUGCCCCAGACACCCUGCGCUGCCGGUCCCCCAGCUGGCACCCGAAGCCGUCCGUCACGUGGUUUAAUUCGUCCAAAAUCUCCUUGGUCAACGUUUCGACCACCAAUUACACGGCUUCGUUCAACGACAUGGUGGGGGUUUCCUCCAACCUCCCCGGAGUCCAGCCGGGCGCGCAGUACACCUGUGUGAUCGAGAACGAGCUGGCCCGAGCCGAGGGGGACGCCAUCUGGACAGACUCCGGAGUCAUGACACAGACCCGACUGGAAGUCACCGCGUCAGCGGCCGCCAUCUCCCCGCCGUUAUUUUUACUCUGCUUGCUCUCCCUGCUUGGGCCAGGAGUUCACUAAGUGUGCUGGAGAACCAGACUCCUCUUAGACGGCCCUUCGAAGGGCCAGCUGGGGAUAAAUGGCUAAAUCAUCCGCUGAUCAGGGAUAUGAUAUCAUGCAAAGCCCCAGCUGCUGAAGAGCUCUCUGCUGGCCAACGGGUCCGGGGUGGUAAGAGGUGGCGCUACUCAGGGCCCCUGGGGCAAUGGUUUUCUAAUCUCAGUAUUUUAGGACCUAUAUGUUAUUGGGGGGGUCGCCAGGGGCUGAAUAUAGCUCAGGGACCCCAGCUAUCUGCCCCGCUUUCCAAUUAAAACAGUGGCGAUAAGCA